CUUCUUACAGUUACAAGCCCUAACACUCACUAACAGCCCUCCCUAACACUCACUAACGGCCCUCAACUUCUCUGCCCAACAUCACCUUCACAAACAGCUGCUGCCGCACCAAGCCUCACCGCCAAGCUGCCGCCACCAAGCAAGGUCCUUGCCGACCAUCACCUUCACUUCACAGCCCUCACAAACGGCCAGCCACAAACUUAGGCUUCACCCCUCUCAACAGAAUCUUCGUAGUCUCUGUUGAGAAGUUCUUGCCCUGAGCUCUAAUUUCCAAUGAAGUUUACAUGUUUGGGCAAAGGUGGUGGUUUCCAUUACCCACCAUGUCACAUGCUAGAAACUUGCGGAUUUAGGAUUUUGUUUGAUUUCCCAUUGGACCUUUCAGCUCUUAGAAUCUUCUCUCCUGUUCCUACUUGUUUUAGUUCUUCAUUGGAUGAAGAAACUCCCUCUUGUCUAGGAUCAGAUUGCCAAAAGGGAGAAGAAAAUGAAAAACCCCUGAUUGCCAAUGAUUUAAUUUACGCAGAGCCUUGGUAUAAAACGGUUAAGAACUUGCACUUGUGGAAUGCCGCUUUCAUUGAUGUUGUGUUGAUCUCAAGCCCAAUGGGUAUGCUAGGACUGCCAUUUCUUACUCGAAUGAAGGGUUUUUCUGCUAAGAUUUAUGCAACUGAAGCAACUGCAAGAGUUGGGCAACUUAUGAUGGAGGAGCUUGUCUCAAUGCAUAUGGAAUUGAGACAGAUUUAUGGAGCUGAAGAGUCUGAUUUUCCUCAAUGGAUGAAGUGGAAAGACCUUGAACUUCUUCCUUCUGCAUUGAGAGAGAGAAUUUUAGGCAAAGAUGGGGGAGAACUGGGCGGAUGGAUGCCCUUGUACAGUGCAGUUGAUGUGAAGGAUUGCAUUCAGAAGGUUCAAGCACUUAAAUACGCAGAGGCAACCUGCUACAAUGGAACAUUGGUCAUAAAGGCAUUCAGCUCGGGUUUGGAAAUAGGCGGAUGCAAUUGGACGAUAAAUUGUACAAAAGGAGAUAUUGGAUUUAUUUCAAGCUCCAUCUUUGUAUCUGGUCACGCAAUGGAUUUUGACUACUGUUCACUUAAAGGGAAUGAAUUGAUACUAUUUUCAGAUUUCUCAUCCUUGGAUGCAACAGAAAACCUUGACAAUGAUUUCUCUGUUCAGAGUAUUAAUGAUUUGUCACCUCCCAGAAACAACUCCAAUAACUGUGAGGAAUUUACCAGAUCUUUGUUAGCUGAAGAUAAUUUAGAGGAAAGGGAGAAACUAGCCUUUCUAUGCUCAUGUGUUGUUGAUUCUGUUAAAAGUGGUGGUUCAGUCCUUAUUCCCAUUAAUCGACUUGGAAUUGUUCUGCAGCUGUUGGAACAAAUAUCAGAUGCACUAGAUUCUUCAAAUAUGAAGAUUCCCAUAUAUAUAAUUUCUUCUGUAGCUGAGGAGUUAUUGGCUUUCACAAAUAUCAUACCUGAAUGGCUAUGCAAACAGCGACAAGAAAAACUCUUUUCUGGUGAACCAUUGUUUGACCAUGUAAAGCUCGUGAAAGACAAAAAGCUUCAUGUAUUUCCAGCAGUUCAUUCGUCUGAACUAUUAAUGAAUUGGCAGGAGCCAUGCAUAGUAUUUUCUCCUCACUGGAGUUUGCGGCUUGGUUCUGCUGUUCACUUGCUUCAACGAUGGUGUGGGGAUCAGAACUCUCUGCUUCUGCUAGAGAAUGGAGUUGAUGCAGAGCUGGCACUAUUGCCUUUCAAGCCCAUGGCAAUGAAGGUUCUUCAAUGCUCGUUUCUCUCCGGAAUAAAGUUGCAAAAUGUUCAACCAUUGUUGGAGACAUUACAAGCCAAAUUUGUUCUGUUCCCUGAGGAAUUGAAGCAGAUCAGUUUCUCAAAAGCAAAUUCAUUCUCACUGUUAUGCUACUCCGAGAAUGAAACAUUACAUAUACCAAGAUUGAAGGAGAGCUCAGAAGUAGAUAUUGCCAUGGACUUGGCUUCACAGUUCCAUUUCAAGAAGUUGAAACAAGAAAACAUUAGUGUCACAAGGUUAAACGGGGAGCUUUCUCUAUAUCAUGGCAAACACCGGUUGCUAUCUGGAAACAAAGAGACUAGGUUAAAAAGGCCACUGGUACACUGGGGUUCGCUUGAUGUGGAAAGCCUUCUGACUGCACUAUCAAGAAUGGGGAUUAAGGCAACGGUAGAACAAGGUAUGAGUGAUUGUGACCGUGAAAACGUUUCUUUAGUAAAUGUCCAUGAACCUGGUAGGGCUUUCAUAGAAAUAAAGCCAGCAAGUACUGUGAUCACUGCUGGAGAUGAAAAUUUAGCUUCUCUUAUUUUUGAAGCUAUAGGUAGUAUUGUGGAUGGUAUUUAGAGGAUUAUAAUUUAUAUUAGCGAUUUUUUUAGAGCUUCCAUGUUCGCAUGAUCUCAUUAGAAAAUACAUAAAAAAGAAUUGUAAUUAAUUAGCAACAGUCUAUAUCAAACUUGUUGUAGGAUCGGAUUCCUCAUAUAACCCUAUGUUUUCUAUUA